AUGGGAGGAGAGGUUGUUGCCAUGAUAGAGAAAUUGGGUGAAGAACGAGAGAGAAGAGGUGUUCUUGCAAUGAUUGUUGAAGAUGAAUCUUGUUCUUGUGAUCAAAGAUCUGACGCAUCAAAUUUAUUGGAGUUGAUACAAAGAUUUGAUUUUGCAUUUAAUCUACAGUUGAUGAGAAGUGUGUUGGGGAUGUCAAAUGAACUGUCAAAGACAUUGCAAAGAAAAGAUCAAGAUAUUCGUAAUUCUCCAGAAAUUACAAAUUUACAUCAUUAUAGAGUAGAUUUGUUCUACUCUGUCAUCGAUUUACAACUUCAAGAAUUGAAUGAUCGUUUCUCGGAUGUAAAUACAGAGUUACUCCUUUGUGUAGCUUGUUUAUGCCCACAAGAUUCAUUUUCUUCUUUUGACAAGAAAAACUUGAUUAGACUUGUUGACCUUUAUCCAUUAGAUUUCUCUGCAGUAGAUGGUAUUGUACUUAGCGAUCAACUUGAGACUUAUAUUUUUGACAUGCACUCUAACAAAGAGUUUGAAGGGUUGAAUGGCCUUGGUGAUCUUGCAGAGAAGUUAGUUUUGACAAAGAAAGAUAAGGUAUAUCCAUUGGUUUACAGACUUUUGACUUUAGCAUUGAUUUUACCGGUUGCUACCGCUACCGUGGAGAGAGUUUUUUCUGCAAUGAACAUCGUAAAGAAUAGAUUGCGCAAUCGGAUGGGUGAUCAGUGGAUGAAUGAUAGCACUAUUGUUCAUGUAGAGAGAGAUAUAUUUUUGAAGCUCGAUAAUGAAUUUAAUGUACGACGAUAUCAAAAUAUAAAAACUCGCAAGGAACAAGUUUAA